UCAGUUAUGGGCUUACUCCAGGCCCAAUAUGGGAAACCUUGUUGGGCCUUAAGCCUACCAAACUUCAUUUUUCUCUGAAUCUCUAAAAAACAAAACCACUGCUAUCAGCAAAAACCCUUUGAAAUUAAAUCAUGUUUGCACUCCGCAAAACCCUAAAACAACCAUCUGUCUUCACCGCACUCCACCGGUUAAUCACCACCGGCCAACUCCCUGAACCAUCCACCUCGGCUGCGUACGACGACCUAAUCACCACUGCCGGCCGCGAACGAGACUUCGUUACCAUCCGCAACCUCCUUAAUCAACGUUAUGCAAACGGUUUGUUUAACACCACCAACACAUUCAACUUCAUUUCAACGGACCUCUCUGUUCUCGACGACCUCCUGAAAACCCUACCAGAUCUCAGAGAAGGAUACUGUCGCAAGAGCGCGUAUGAUUCGCUCAUCGUUCGGCUCUGCAAGAUGCAGCUCAUCGACUCGGCUCUGCGAGUGGCGGAGGAGCUUAUCCGUGGAAAAUACGGCGCCGACGCUUGCACUUUUUAUCCGAUCCUCAGCCUGCUCUCGCGGCAGAAGAACUUCGACGAAGCGUGGCGCGUGUUGGAGAUCAUGAAAACGAAAGGCAUAGCGCGUGAUGUUACCUGUUACAACCAUAUGUUAACAUCGUACUCUAUCACCGGCGACCUGAGAUCGAGCGUCGACGUUCUGAAGAAGAUGGCGGAGGAAGGGGUGAAAGCAGACGCGAGGACUUACGACGCGCUGGUGCUGGGCGCGUGUAAGAUGGAGAAGAUGGAUGGGGCGAUAGCGAUUCUGAGGAGGAUGUUGGAUGAUGGAGUAGAGGCAAUGCACUCGACGUAUGCGCACGUUAUAGGAAAUCUGGUGAGGUUAGGCUAUUGUGCGCAGGCGGUGAAGUUAGUGAUGGGAUAUGGAGGUAAAGACAAAAAAUUGGACACUCAUAAUUUUGGGUUAUUGGCGAGCCGUUUGAUAAGUGUAAAAAAAAUGGAUGAAGCCAAAUAUGUAUUAGAGGAAAUGGUAAAAAGGGACUUAGAAAUGGGUGAAAAAUUGAAGGAUUUUUUUAAGAUUUCAAAACAAGUGUGACAUUUUGGAUGUUAUUUUUGGUCACAAGUUCUUGGUUUACCC